AUGUCUGACUACAAGCCCACUGAGCACGACGGUCUCCGCAAGGACGGCCAACCCGACCAGCGCGUCAACCAACCGGGCUUCGCGCACGGCAAAGUCGACCCCGUCGAGGCCGGCAAGAAGGGUGGCCAUUCCUCCGGCGGUGGCACCUCGGACUCGUCCAGCUCCAGCGGUGGGAGUAGCGAGAACCCCCAGGGUGCGGCGCACUUGGGCGGUGAAGGCUUGAGGAAGGAUGGUGAACCAGACCAGCGUCUGAAGAUGAAUCAGGACUCUUAG